AUGGAGGCCAGAGAGGGACUAAAAACUAUUGAGGUCAGGGUUUUCCUCGGACGAGACCCAGAGGCGAUCACCAAUCUGUCCAAGCAAGUGAUGACCACCAUGGGUGAAUGGGAGCUGCUGGACAUUACUGCCCAAAAACUCGUCAAUGAUGAAGAGUCCUUUCUUUACGUCGACAAGCUUGCAUUCUAUAUCCGGUUGCGGCGCCGUGCCACCAUGUAUGUGGUGAAUCUGCUGCUCCCCAGCUGCUUCCUCAUCGCAGUGGAUCUCUUGAGCUUCCUCCUGCCUCCUCAGAGCACCGACAGAUCCUCCUUUAAGAUGACCCUCAUCCUGGGUUACACGGUCUUCCUGCUCAUGAUGAGUGACCUGCUUCCAGUCACUGGAAACACCAUACCGCUAAUAAAUGUGUUCUUCUCUCUCUGUCUGGGUUUAAUGGUGGCCAGUCUGCUGGAGACCAUCUUCAUCACCAACCUAUUCAGCAACUCCUCUAAACUGUCCCCCGUCCCUCGAUGGAUUCGGAUGCUUAUUCUGAAUUUUUUUGGCUGUCUUGUUUGCAUGCCCCGAAAGUCUAAGAAAUCAAAGAAUUCAGGACAACAGAAUGCUGUGGUGCUAAAACGUGGAUCCAAUGAGGGGCCUUCAGGAACAGGAGGAUCAGCUGAUCAGGAUGAGGCCCUUCAGGAGCUGAGGAGCCUGAGCAACGUCUUGAAGGCCAUCCGCUCUGAGGUGGAGCAGCAGCACAAUGGCAGCCAGAGCUCAGAGGAGUGGAUGCAGGUGGGUUUCAUCAUUGACCGCCUGCUGUUUGGCGUCUACAUUGUCUUCAUAUCGGUCAGCUUCAUCACCAUCAUUGUUAUUUGGGUGAACUCAUACAAUCAGUAGACUGCUGCAUGUUAGACAAGCCUGCAUUUAUUCAAUAGGCAUUUGGAGAAUGUUGAUAGCAUUGUUAUUGUUAAUUCUAGAAAUUCAACCAAUGAUUAUUUUAGCAGCAAUAUUUAUGCAAUAUAUAAAAAAGUUGUUAAUUA